AUGGAUUCGGUUGAGCAGAUGCAAGAACAAAUGUCUAUUCUGGAAUUGGACGACGGUCAGGAUACUCUUCUUGAUGAGUUCGUAGUUAUCAAAGAAAACUCUUCUGUUUCCCUCGAAAGAAGAAAACUAUCAAAAGAAGAGCAUGAGAAGUUGAAAUAUAAGUUGGGAUUUUCCAAUCAACUCGUGGAAAAAAUCAAAAGUAAGUUGAAUUUAAAGAUGAUUCAAGCGCUGAGCAAACGGCGGUCCGCGCGGGACCCAACCAAUGGAAAAAUUGUGUUUUUCUGCUUAGCGCGAGAGUCAGCUUUAAAUUCGAAAUACAUCCUUAUACUAUAUAAUUUUCCUAUUUUCAGAAGAGCAGGCUAUUUACUACCAGUUGUUGUGCGAGUAUGAAAAAUCAAUUGAAGUGAACAAGUCGAUUGCUGGCGGAAACUUAAGUCCCGAGGAUGCCAAGAAAAAACUUUCUUUCGAAGAAUUGGAGAAAAUUGAAGUCAAACUUGAGAAGAAAAAUGUGGAAAUUAUUCAAUUAGUUGAAGCUUGGCAGGUGGAGUUGGCACAAUCUGUAAUCCAGCGAGAUGAUCACAAAGUUCAGCUUGAUACACAAUCUGCGAGCAAGUCUCAAAAGGAAGUUGAAGUAGUAACUCAACAACAGCUUUGA